AUGGCAAAGAUCUAUGCCAAAGCAAGUGGCGUGAUUGUUUGGCUUGGAGAAGCGACACCCGACAGCGGUCAAGCACUUGAAGAAAUACGCAUGGCAGCAGAGCAGCGUACGAAGCUCUCAAUCAAUGAAAGCGCAAUCCUUGGACUGCUCGAGAGACCGUGGUUUCAACGCAUCUGGGUACUUCAGGAGGUUGCUGCAGCCCGACAUGUGCUCAUCAAAUGUGGUUCCACCGAGAUUGACGGAUAUGCGUUCUGUUCAGGCCUUAGUGCAUUGAACCUGUCCUAUGAAACCCAUCCGGACCUGCGGCCUCUGAUCCGUUCGGUAGCCUACCUCAUCAGGGGUGCCGCCUUCCGGCCUAGAUGCGCAACUAGUCGGCUAGGCAGGUUUUCCCUAGACAUAUGCUCUCUAGGUGAACUGGUAGACAUGUACCAUACUCACAAAGCUACUGAUCGCCGCGACAAAGUUUAUGCCUUGCUCGGCAUGAGCUCUGAUGAUCCUAGCAUCGCAGGGUUAUCGGCCAACUAUGAGAUAUCAUGGGGACAACUCUUCCCACAACUCGUCAACUUCUUCUUCUCUGAACAGGUGUCUGUGAACACUUGGGACGACAAGGAGAUGGCGGUAAUCAGGGGCAAGGGCUGCGUUCUAGGCGAAGUUUAUUCAGUCGAAAGGGAUAUUGAUCGGGAAGAUAGACAACACGUGGACAUUAGUUGGAAGAAUGGGUUUGACUUUGAGGAGCCGCAUUCUCGCUGGACCUUCCAGGCCUCAGCAAAACCAGUCCAGGCAGGGGAUGCUCUCUGCCUUCUACAAGGGGCGUCAAUGCCUACAAUCAUCAGACCAUGCAACGAUUAUUGGGCCGUUGUAAUGAUUGCAGUUCCCCCCCCGGAUGAUCUACCAGCUGCGAGCAGAAACACCAAGUCAGAAAUUUUACGAUUGGCAACAACAUUCCCACAUGAUUUCCUACUUGUCUGGGACUGGGACAUGUAUCCAGAUGAGUCACUGGAUAGAGAAGACUACGAACACUUCAUGGGCACUCCCGUGUCGAAGUGUCCAAAGAUUGAGUUGGAAGAUCAUCUGAACAAAGCGAUUAGGUUACGGAACACCGGAGUGGUAUUAAAAGACUUGGAAAGAUGGGGUGAGGCAAGGGAAAACUUCCGAAAAGCAAUGGAGACUUUUGAGAGUGCAUUGAGAAGCAUGGACUGCCCAGAAUUGGCCUGCCCUUGUCACGACCGUUGGAGAAAUGGAGAUAUAGAGAAGCUAGAAGGAAUGGUAGGUCUACUUAUCAAGGACGAGGGCGGAUGGAUGCCGCUGUGGUUUGCAGUACAGAGUGGGCGCGAAGCUAUGGUCAGGUUGCUACUCAGCACCGGCAAAGUCGACCCAGACGCCAAAGACGGAUUCUACGGACGGACGCCGUUAUCAUUCGCGGCAGAGAAUGGGCACGAGGCAAUUGUCAAGCUACUGCUUGGCACCGGUAAAGUCGACCUAGGCGCCAAAUAUUAUCACGGACAGACGCUGUUAUUAUUCGCGGCAGAGAAGGGGCACGAGGCAAUUAUCAAGCUGCUGCUCGGCAUCGGCAAAGUCAGCCCAGACGCCAAAGAAGGAAUCUAUAGACGGACGCCGUUAUCAUUCGCGGCAGAGAAUGGGCACGAGGCGAUCAUCAAGCUAUUACUUGGCACUAGUAAAGUCAACCUCAACGCCGAAGAUAGGCACGGACGGACGCCGUUAUCAUUCGCGGCAGAGAAUGGGCACGAGGCGAUCAUCAAGCUAUUACUUGGCACUAGUAAAGUCAACCUCAACGCCGAAGAUAGGCACGGAAGGACGCCAUUAUCGCUAGCAGCAGAGAAUGGGCACGAGGCGAUCGUAACGCUACUGCAAAGUACAUAA